AUGUCCCGCGCCAUCGUCUUCCUCUUCGCCUUCCUCGGUCUCUUCGCGAGCUCCUUGGUCCAUGCAGCGCCGGUGAAGGAGCUCUCGGCCCGCCAGAUCGGCGACCUGCAGUGCAACGCCGACCGCCUCACCAUCGUCGGCGCUCUCGCCACAAUGCAGGGCACCCUCUCGGAACUCGCGAGCUCGGCCUCCAGCGACCCCGCCACCGCUGCGGGCGUCCAGAGCGUCCAGAGCGACGUCACUGACGCGCAGCAGGCGAUCGGGACCAUCGCCAAGGCGCUGUUCACCGGACAGACCGCGCCCGCGUCGGCGCGCGACCAGGUCAAGUCUGCGCUGCUCUCGGCGAACAGCACCCUCUCCGGCCUUACGUCAACCGACGCGACCGUCAGUUCCUUGCUGCAGAAGGCUACUUCGGAGUUGAAGGUCGCGGGGGCCGCUGGAGAGGGUGUUGUCGCCAACUGCAACUAA